GAGAGGAGCGGCACCUGGAGCAUGCUCUGGGGUUUCCCAGCAGGCCUGUGAAGAUGAGUGUGACUUCCUGGUUCCUGGUGAGCAGCUCAGGCACUCGGCACCGCCUCCCUAAGGAGAUGAUCUUUGUGGGCCGAGAGGACUGUGAGCUCAUGCUGCAGUCACGCAGUGUUGACAAACAACACGCUGUUAUCAACUACAACACAACCACUGACGAACAUCUGGUCAAAGACCUGGGCAGCCUGAACGGGACGUUUGUAAACGACCUGAGGAUUCCUGAUCAGACUUACAUCACCCUGAAGGUGUCUGACAUUGUCCGCUUCGGAUAUGAUUCUCAUGUCUACGUCCUGGAGAAAAGUCAACACAAAGUCCCAGAGGAGGCUCUGAAGCAUGAGAAGUACAGCAGCCAGUUACAGAUGAGUGUUAAGGUUUUAGAUGAAAAGAAACCUGAACAGGACGAUCAGAUGAGAGCUGAAAAAACCCAGAGCGUCAAAACACAAGACGCUCCCGGGGGGGGUCAGCCCACUCCUCUGUACGGACAGCCGUCCUGGUGGGGGGAGGAGGACUACGGGAGCAAAGCUCAGCACAGCGAGGAACCACAUCCAGAAGUGCAGAGGGAUGUUCUGUCUGCGGAUCCAGAUUUUACUGGAUCUCUGUCGAAUUCCCAAACAAAGAUGUUCCCCUCAUACCACCGGGAACCAAGCUACUUCGAGAUCCCCACCAAGGACUUCCAGCACCCCCGAACCUCAGGGGCGGAGCUCCACGAAAUCCCCACCAAGGACACAGACACGCCCCCAGCCCCGCCUUCCCCUCCCACCAAGACCAUGCCUGUUGUUCAGAGCCACGCCUCCUUCACCAUUGAGUUCGACGACUGCAGGCCCGGAAAAAUCAAAAUCAAAGACCACGUCACUAAGUUCUCCACCCGCCAGAGGAGGCAGCAGGCUCCGCCCCCCAAGACGAGCAUCACAGCGACACCUGCCGAGGUGAUGUCUUCAGAGAGCAAGGUGGCUGAUUGGCUGGUCCACAGCGAUGUCAGCAUGAUGAGGAGGCGUCCCACAUGUGAAGACGUGUACAGCACAAAGAGCGACCUCGCCGUGAACAUCAAGACCCUCAAAGGUCACCAUCAUGAGGACGGAACCCAGAGCGACUCAGAAGACCCAGUCCUCAAUGGAAGGAGUCCAUCCCACCACUCCGUCCAAUCAGAGCUGUCCGAGGUGCUGCAGCCCGCCGUCCAAUCAGAUCAGUCUGUCUGUUGUCAGCCGCCUGCUCCUCCACAGAAGCUCCACCCACCACUUCAGUCCUCUCCACCGAGUCCGGCUCCAGCCUCACCUGUGGCCCCAGAGCGGCCCCUGUCCCAGAGCCCUACUCCAGCUCCGCCCCCCCCCACGGGCCCCCCCGAGAGCCUCACCCAGCAGGCCUUCAUCAUCGAGUUCUUCGAUGACAACCCACGCAAAAAACGCUCACAGUCCUUCACGCACAACCCGGCCCACGCCGACUCCUACUCCGCCCUGAAGGCCAAGAUGGAGCGGCGCAAAGGCAGCGAGAGGCCGGCCUCUGUUCAUGGCCACAUCCCCCCCACCCAGCAGAUGACAGUUCCUCUGAAGGGUCAGAGCCACAGUGGACCCCAGAGGUCGAGCUCUUUAAAGAGGGAGAAGACAGAGGGGGAGGCGGCUUCAGCGAACUCCUCCUCUCGCUCGUCCUCGGGCGUCGUCAUCAGACCCUUCGGCAGCGCCGGGAGGAAGUCCCAGCUCGCACGGGAGUUCGCCUCUGAACUCCUGAAGGAUUCCGGUCAGCUGGACUCUUCCCCAACAAGGGAAAUGAUGUCACCUCCACCCAUGUCUGCGCCGCCAGUGAUGGUGUCGCCUCCUCAAGCGAGGAUUCCCUCUCCACAAGAACCUCCAGCACCCUCCUCUGUGUCCCACCCCUCGUCCCCCUCACAGCCUCCAGCAGCUUUAAGGUCUUCCAUCCCCCCCGAUGCCGGACAGACCAGCUCUCCUGGGCGCUGCUCCGGACCUCACGCGUCCUCAGUGCUCCUCCAUGGCGUCCGUGCAGAAGACAUGAAAGGUUCCCAGAGGAUGGUGAGGACCGAGGAGGACGACAGUCUGAGCGAUGCCGGAACCUACACCAUAGAGGCGGAGUCCCAGGACCAGGAGGUGGAGGAGGCUCGCAACAUGAUCGAUCAGGUGUUUGGUGUCCUCGACUCUCCCGAGUACAGUGGUGUGAACACAGGAGUGUAUAGACCUGUAAUAAAUGAAGGCAAGGAUGAACAAGCUCACCUGCCUAGUGAUGGUAGCACUGUGGACCUGUUGCAUGGCUUUAUCCCAGCUGCAAUCAGUGUUCCCCCAACAGGCCCAGCACAGGUUCCAGCUGCUCAUGUACAAGGUCUAGAAGGACCUAAGUGGGUUUCCCGCUGGGCCAGUCUGGCAGAUAGCUAUGCUGAACCCGGUUCCACUCCACCUCAAGGGGAAUGUCCAGAAGCUUUACGCUUCAUGAGCAGCUCGUUGGGAACUUACAGCCACGAGAACUCUGAGUCUGAGUCCAGUCACAGCUCCAGGACCAGAAGGCUGCUGCCCCAGGUGCCUCCGGAGAAGCUGGACAGUGUCGCCCCGAGUAUCUUGAUUCGUCAUGAAUCUUACCAAGGCCAGGAACCUCUGGGCAGAGUGACAGGUUCUCCCAACCGACAGGACUCCACCCAGCAUCUGUCUGUUCAGGAUGACGUGGACCCAGACAGCCUGAGCGACGCCAGCCGCUCAGAUGAUGGACCAGUUCUGGAAAGGGCAAAGAAGAAUCAGGUCCGAUCAGGAGCUAUGUCUCAAGGGGUCACUGGUCCUCAGGUUAGAGGUCAAGAGAGAGUGUCUCCAUCCAACAAAUCAACAUCCUUCUACAUCGGGUCUGAAGACCAUCCGAACAAACCUGACCAGGCCCAGAGCCCAGUACAGUGUGAGAGGACGCGAGACCCCCCAGCAAAAACCCCCCCUACCACAGUCCUGAUACGACACCUGAGUGGACAUGAACCCAGGAGGACAGGUGUCAAACCCAACAGCUCUGCUCCAAACCUCCAAAUACAGGACAGGGAUUCUGUCCCGACUAAAGACAGCUGCACGUCCUCAUUCGUCCGGCAGGAGAGCUUUACCAAAGACCGGCCCAGCGACACCGUCCAGAUGAAAAACCUUCCCCACAUCUCCAGCCACCCGUCCAUCAGAGACAUGGAGCAGAGGAGGGAGAACAUCCAGGACGCACAGUCCUUCCUUCAGGAGGCUGGGGGAGCUUUGUCUCCUCUGGACACCAGGUUCCCCUCAUCAGGUUUUGGUCGCAGCUCAAAGAAAGGGGGCUCCUCCAGCCACAUGGACGACUCCCUGUCUGGGGAGUCAGAUGUGGACACUGCAAGCACCGUGAGCCAAGUGAGUAGCAAGAAUGCUCCAGUCAGCUCAGCUUCUAAAAAGCGUCCCACCAUCAGCCGCCUUCAGAAGGAGAAGUCCUCUUCCAGCUCAGCCAUCCAAGAGAAGGGCCGGCAGCUCACUGCCCGUGAACGACUUUCUGAGAAACGCCAAAGCCAGACGACUCCGAAUGUAUCCAGUAAAACUGAUGCGGAAAAGCGCUUUCAAAUGCGUCGCAGUACCGGGAACUGUGGCUCUCUGGAUCUGUCUGAGGGCCAGCAGAGUUCUGGUACCAACUGGACUGAAAGUACGUCAUCUGACCACGAAAGUUCUCGUCCGUCCAACCGUAGCAAGAAACUAAUCACCCCUCUUCAGAAAGAGGACACUGAAAAAACAGCCAAGACAGUGACUCAGCAGAUCCUGACACGUUCCAACAGCCUGUCGGCGCCACGGCCGACCCGAGCCUCCAUGCUCCGUCGAGCACGACUGGGCGAGGCUUCAGACAACGAAGGGGCGGAGACUGACCGGGGAUCCCAGAACUCCGACACUAUCACUGCGCCGCCCAAACUCUCCGGCGAAGGGAAGAAGAUGUCCAGACUGGACAUCUUGGCAAUGCCCCGGAAGAGGACCGGCUCCUUCACAGCUCCCAGCGACAAUGAAACAUCCUCCACGGGACGCUCUGCUUUCUCCAACCGCAACUCCGACUCUGCUUUCUCCAACCGCAACUCGGAGUCCGCCUCCACCAGCAGGAAGGCGAGCGACGCCCGGCCGGCCGCCAGCAGACGAGCCGGAGCUCCUGUGAAGCAAACAUCGACCCACAGCCGCUCCAGUGGAGCAAAGUAUCCCAGCACUGGUUCCCGUCGCAGACAGAAGGAAUCUGACUUCUCUUCCUCUGAGGAAGAAUACGUGAUGAAUGCUGCGGCUUCGAAAGCGAAGCGCUCAUCCCAUCACUCCGCCUCUGCACAGAAUCCCCGUGGCCAGCGCUCGGCCGCCACUCGAUCCAAGUCUGUUUCCCUGGAAACGGAGGAGGAUGACGACCCGAACGAGGUCGACCCUUACCAGAACUGGUCCACGCACAGCGCAGAGAUCGCAAAGCUCAGUCAGGACCUGGCCAAAGAUCUCGCCAUCCUGGCCAAGGAAAUCCACGAUGUCGCCGGAGAUGGAGACUCACCGAGUUCGGGCAUGGGAAGCACCACCUCGCCCCCCCCACUGCCGAACACGCCAGCCUCCACCAUCUCUGCCAGGGAGGAGACUCCAUCUUACCCAUUCUUACGUGGCGUUCAACCAUCUCAGCUGGUCCAUCAUAUCCCUGAGGCCAGUUUAAACUACCAGAAGGUUCCUCCAGGUUCGUCUGUCGUCUCCGACCUGGACGCAAACAUGAAUGAGCCGGGGCCUGGUUCUAAACAGCGACGUCCGUGGAACCGUGAAGAGGUGAUUCUGGACAAUCUGAUGCUGAAUCCCGUGUCCCAGCUUUCUCAGGCCAUCCGCGAGAACACAGAGCAGCUGGCUGAGAAGAUGAAGGUUUUGUUCCAGAACAAGGCUGAGGUCUGGGAGGAGAUCGAGGCCAAGAUCAACGCUGAGAACGAAGUGCCCAUCCUAAAAACCUCCAACAAGGAGAUUACCUCCAUCCUGAAAGAGCUGAGGCGAGUCCAGAGGCAACUGGAAGUAAUAAACACCAUUGUGGAGCCCGGUGGAAGUCUCCAGACUGCGGCUGUCGGGACGUCCUCACACGGGACGUCCUCUCUCUGUCAGACUCGUCCUUCAUCGAAGGAGAAGAAACCCGCCUCCAAACCCCGGAGCCCCCCCCAAACAUCCAACAGCAAUGAAAGCACCAAACGGCCGCCUCGUGGUCCCAGCGCGUCCCAUCACAAGGCCUGAGCCGGCCGCUGCACCACCGCUGGAUCGUAUCUGUGCAUCCACCCCACAGAACUCAGAGAUCCCUAACCCAGACAAACUCUGCCCCUACUGGUCAGCUGAGGGACUGUUACAGGGCUCUGCCUCUGACAAAGUGUAAGUGGUCCCUCCCUGUCCCUGUUGGGUUAGGGUUGUGGAGACGGAGACGGCUUCACUCCACCUCUUGUCUCCUGUCAACUCCUGUAGAACCAAUAGAACGUCACUAGGUCUUUGAAGGCGACGCCCCCUGAGCUGGGAGACAGCGUCUUACAGGACUAAUGCUGCAUUCAGGUCACAUGGUGCCACGUAAUUACGACUUUUAGACUUUGUUCCCGUCAAUGUGGUUUCUUCACAGCUCGGACUCACAUGACCACAUCUUGAUCCCGCCCACAGGCCCAACCGCUGCCUGAGGCGUCUGUUGAGUCAUCGAUCGUGGCGUCCCAUGUGACACGAGUGUGGCAUCAGACCUACGGCUGUUUUCUGUCCUUGAUGUUAAACCUGCUGUGGAUGCACUGAAACAAUCCGUCCUUCAUGUCUCAGCAACAUUUGAAAUACAUGUGACCGCUUGGCUCCAGCUCGCAGAUCGAUUCCAGACGCAUCUUGAUGAACUUUAUGCUUUUAUUACAUGUUUUUUCAUUGAACAGACGAGGGGUCAUUUGUACAUGUCACGCCUCCCCCCCCCCAACCUCAUGGACGACAGAAUGUCUGCUGCUUAUCGCAUCCUGUUGUUUUCACCAUCUGUGAUUGUUGUGCGAUAGUGUGAAACCUCCUCAGGAUCACUGUCGCUGAAUGUCGGAGAGUUUUCUGUAAAAUGUAACAAGACGUCCUGCUGGUCCUUGAAGGCAUCGCCUCAUUAAUGACACGUGUGACCUCUGACCUCUGAGGUCAUGAGUGAUGGUGUGAGACACGGAGGUGAAGACACUGUUCUUAUCUGCUGUGUGAGGUCAGAGCCACUGAAAACACAUGUGUGUGUCUGCUAGAGGUUGUGUUAAAUGUUGUGCUGAGGUUGUCUUACAGGUUGGUUUGAGGUUGUAUCAAGGUAGUAUUAGGGUUGUGUGUGGUUGUGUUGAGGGAGUGCUUAGGUUGUGUUAAAUGUUGUGUUGAGGGAGUGCUGAGGUUGUGUUAAGGUUGUGUUGAGGGGGUGUCUAGGUUGUGUUAAGGUUGUGUUGAGGUUGUUUCAAAGGUUGUGUUAGAGGUUGUGUUGAAGGAGUGUUAAUGUUGUGUUGAGGGAGUGUUGAGGUUGUGUUGAUGGAGUGUUAAGUCUUGUAGAGGGAGUGUUGAGGUUGUGUUGAGGCUGUGUUGAGGGAGUGUUGAGGUUGUGUUGAGGAUGUGUUGAGGUUGUGUUGAGGGAGUGUUGAAGCUGUGUUGAGGGAGUGUAAAGGUUGUGUUGAGGGAGGUUUGAGGUUGCGUUAAAGGUUGUGUUGAGGUUGUGUUGAGGUUGUGUUGAGGGAGUGUUGAGGUUGUGUUGAGGUUGUGUUGUGGUUGUCUUGAGGGAGUGUUGAGGUUGUGUUGAGGGAGUGUUACGGUUGUCUUGAGGGAGUGUUGAGGUUGUGUUGAGGGAGUGUUACGGUUGUGUUGAGGGAGUAUUGAGGUUGUGUUGAGGGAGUGUUGAGGGAGUGUUGAGGUUGUGUUGAGGUUGUGUUGUGGUUGUGUUGAGGGAUUGUUGAGGUUGUGUUGAGGUUGUGUUACGGUUGUGUUGAGGGAUUGUUGAGGUUGUGUUGAGGGAGUGUUGAGGUUGUGUUGUGGUUGUGUUGAGGUUGUGUUACGGUUGUGUUGAGGUUGUGUUGUGGUUGUGUUGAGGGAGUGUUGAGGUUGUGUUACGGUUGUGUUGAGGUUGGGUUGUGUACAGUGAGUGUUGAGGUUGUGUUGAGGUUGUGUUACGGUUGUGUUGAGGGAUUGUUGAGAUUGUGUUGAGGGAGUGUUGAGGUUGUGUUGUGGUUGUGUUGAGGGAGUGUUGUGGUUGUGUUGAGGGAGUGUUGAGGUUGUGUUACGGUUGUGUUGAGGGAGUGUUGAGGUUGUGUUACGGUUGUGUUGAGGUUGUGUUGAGGGAGUGUUGUGGUUGUGUUGAGGGAGUGUUGUGGUUGUGUUACGGUUGUGUUGAGGGAGUGUUGUGGUUGUGUUACGGUUGUGUUGAGGGAGUGUUGAGGUUGUGUUACGGUUGUGUUGAGGGAGUGUUGUGGUUGUGUUGAGGGAGUGUUGUGGUUGUGUUGAGGGAGUGUUGAGGUUGUGUUACGGUUGUGUUGAGCUUGUCUUCUCUUCAGCUGUACAUUUAGCUGAGCUUCACCCUCAGUUCGGUCUGACAGGCUCAACUGGUCUCUGUGUUGUAGGGAGGUUGAGUGAGGCUAACGUUUCCCCCUGCUUUCAGUCUUUGUGCUAAGCUAGGCUAACUGGACACACUGGCAUGUGGAUGUGCAGACAGAAUGUUUUAGACUUUUAUUUUGUAAACGUGCAUGUUUCCUGUUUAGGCUCCUUCACCAAAUGUGCACUUUUUCAUUGUGGAAAUGGGCGGAGCUGAGAAUGUAUUCAUCCAUCACCUGACCCCAACACAAACCUGAUUGGCUGUUGCUGUGAUGAUGAAACUGCUGCUGCUGCAGGUGAUUGGUGGAUUGAGUUGUGAAGGUUGUUUCAAAAUAAAAGCUUCUCUAGACAAUUCACACAUUCUUCAUCAGCAGGAUUUCUCAUUUGUAAUAAACUGAUCUGAUCAAUCAAAGUG